AUGGCACUUUUAAUGGAUAACCAAUUCGGACAACGCAGUGAAUACAAAGUUGUUUCUGGAGUCAGUGGCAUAUCUUCCACCAUUUUUUCGUGAGUAGACCACCUGCCUAUCCUUGGUCUUCAUGACUUCAUGAAAUUGUAGAGACGCUCAAGCUGUCUCACCGUCACCGAUACCUUUGUCUAGAAAAUAUCGUCACGUCAUUUUCUUUCUGUCUCACUUUCCAUGGUUGUGUAACAACUAUAACGACAUUUUGAAAUAAACUAACUGAAAAACAGUAAACUUACAUUGUUAUUUAGUCUAACAAAACACAGGUUUGAUAUGCUGCGUUCAUGUCAUGUCGGAAAUGUCCGACUUGCUAAACUAGGCGGAAGAGUCGGCUCAAAUGAUGUACAGUGGGGAGAACAAGUAUUUGAUACACUGCCGAUUUUGCAGGUUUUCCUACUUACAAAACAUGUAGAGGUCUGUAAUUUUUAUCAUAGGUACACUUCAACUGUGAGAGACGGAAUCUAAAACAAAAAUCCAGAAAAUCACAUUGUAUGAUUUUUAAGUAAUUCAUUUGCAUUUUAUUGCAUGACAUAAGUAUUUGAUCACCUACCAACCAGUAAGAAUUCCGGCUCUCACAGACCUGUAAGUUUUUCUUUAAGAAGCCCUCCUGUUCUCCACUCAUUACCUGUGUUAACUGCACCCGUUUGAACUCGUUACCUGUAUAAAAGACACCUGUCCACACACUCAAUCAAACAGACUCCAACCUCUCCACAAUGGCCAAGACCAGAGAGCUGUGUAAGGACAUCAGGGAUAAAAUUGUAGACCUGCACAAGGCUGGGAUGGGCUACAGGACAGUAGGCAAGCAGCUUGGUGAGAAGGCAACAACUGUUGGCGCAAUUAUUAGAAAAUUGAAGAAGUUCAAGAUGACGGUCAAUCACCCUCGAUCUGGGGCUCCAUGCAAGAUCUCACCUCGUCGGGCAUCAAUGAUCAUGAGGAAGGUGAGGGAUCAGCCCAGAACUACACGGCGGACCUGGUCAAUGACCUGAAGAGAGCUGGGACCACAGUCUCAAAGAAAACCAUUAGUAACACACUACGCUGUCAUGGAUUAAAAUCCUGCAGCGCACGCAAGGUCCCCCUGCUCAAGCCAGCGCAUGUCCAGGCCCGUCUGAAGUUUGCCAAUGACCAUCUGGAUGAUCCAGAGGAGGAAUGGGAGAAGGUAAUGUGGUCUGAUGAGACAAAAAUAGAGCUUUUUGGUCUAAACUCCACUCGCCGUGUUUGGAGGAAGAAGAAGGAUGAGGACAACCCCAAGAACACCAUCCCAACCGUCAAGCAUGGAGGUGGAAACAUCAUUCUUUGGGGAUAAUUUUCUGCAAAGGGGACAGGACGACUGCACCGUAUUGAGGAGAGGAUGGAUGGGGCCAUGUAUCGCAAGAUCUUGGCCAACAACCUCCUUCCCUCAGUAAGAGCAUUGAAGAUGGGUCGUGGCUGGGUCUUCCAGCAUGACAACGACCCGAAACACACAGCCAGGGCAACUAAGGAGUGGCUCCGUAAGAAGCAUCUCAAGGUCCUGGAGUGGCCUAGCCAGUCUCCAGACCUGAACCCAAUAGAAAAUCUUUGGAGGGAGCUGAAAGUCCGUAUUGCCCAGCGACAGCCCCGAAACCUGAAGGAUCUGGAGAAGGUCUGUAUGGAAGAGUGGGCCAAAAUCCCUGCUGCAGUGUGUGCAAACCUGGUCAAGACCUACAGGAAACGUUUGAUCUCUGUAAUUGCAAACAAAGGUUUCUGUACCAAAUAUAAAGUUAUGCUUUUCUGAUGUAUCAAAUACUUAUGUCAUGCAAUAAAAUGCAAAUUAAUUACUUAAAAAUCAUACAAUGUGAUUUUCUGGAUUUUUGUUUUAGAUUCCGUCUCUCACAGUUGAAGUGUACCUAUGAUAAAAAUUACAGACCUCUACAUGCUUUGUAAGUACGAAAACCUGCAAAAUCGGCAGUGUAUCAAAUACUUGUUCUCCCCACUGUAUAUAAACCUUGGAUUGCUGAUUAUAUGUAUUGGCCAAUGAGAGGCUUUGAAGCCACCGGUCGGCCAUAUUGGCACUCCUCAGAAAAGCAGUCCUCCAUAGGAAUGAAUGGAGCUCUACAGUAUUUCAUUUAAAUGUUUCAUGUAGGCUGUUUAAGUAUUUUGUUGUAGUGUGGACAGUAACAUUAGUACUUUAUAAAAGUUAUACAGUGGCUUGCAAAAGUUUUCACCCCCCAUUGGCAUUUUUCAUAUUUUGUUGACCUUUAUAUGAACCUGGAAUUGAAUUGACUUUUUUUGGGGGCCGGGGUUGGUAUCAUUUUAUGUACACACAACAUGCCAUACCACUUUGAAGAGGAUAAAUAACUGAAUAAGACCAAAAAAAACUGAAAACUUGAGCGUGCAAAACUAUUCAACCCCCCCCCCCCCCCCCCCCAAAGUCAAUACUUUGUAGAGCCACAUUUUGCAGCAAUUACAGCUGCAAGUCUCUUGGGGUAUGUCUCUAUAAGCUUGGCACAUCUAGCCACUGGGAUUUUUGCCCAUUCUUCAAGGCAAAACUGCUCCAGCUCCUUCAAGUUGGAUGGGUUCCGCUGGUGUACAGCAAUCUUUAAGUCAUACCACAGAUUCUCAAUUGGAUUGAGGUCUGGCCUUUGACUAGGCCAUUCCAAGACAUUUAAAUGUUUCCCCUUAAACCACUCGAGUGUUGCUUUAGCAGUAUGCUUAGGGUCAUUGUCCUGCUGGAAGGUGAACCUCCGUCCCAGUCUCAAAUCUCUGGAAGACUGAAACAGGUUUCCCUCAAGAAUUUCCCUGUAUUUAGCACCAUCCAUCAUUCCUUCAAUUCUGACUAGUUUCCCAGUCCCUGCCGAUGAAAAACAUCCCCACAGCAUGAUGCUGCCGCCACCAUGCUUCAAUGUGGGGAUGGUGUUCUCGGGGUGAUGAGAGGUGUUGGGUUUGCGCCAGACAUAGCGUUUUCCUUGAUGGCCAAAAAGCUCAAUUUGAGUCAUCUGACCCGAGUACCUUCUUCCAUAUGUUUGGGGAGUCUCCCACAUGCCUUUUGGUGAACACCAAACGUGUUUGCUUAUUUUUUUCUUUAAGCAAGGGCUUUUUUCUGGCCACUCUUCCGUAAAGCCCAGCUCUGUGGAGUGUACGGCUUAAAGUGGUCCUAUGGACAGAUACUCCAAUCUCCGCUGUGGAGCUUUGCAGCUCCUUCAGGGUUAUCUUUGGUCUCUUUGUUGCCUCUCUGAUUAAUGCCCUCCUUGCCUGGUCUGUGAGUUUCGGUGGGCGGCCUUCUCUUGGCAGGUUUGUUGUGGUGCCAUAUUCGUUCAAUUUUUUAAUAAUGGAUUUAAUGGUGCUGCGUGGGAUGUUAAAAGUUUCAGAUAUGCACACACCACUUUUUUGUUCUUUUUUUUUUUUGAAUUUUUUGAAACACGUUUUUUUAUUUUUUUCCACUUCACCAAUUUGGACUAUUUUGUUUAUGUCCAUUACAUGAAAUCCAAAUAAAAAUCAAUUUAAAUUACAGGUUGUAAUGCAACAAAAUAGGAAAAAACGCCAAGGGGCACUGUACUUUAAGGAAAAAAGUUUUAUGUUUAGUUCACAUAUAAUUUAAAAAUAUGCAUUAAGGUGUCUGUAGUAGAAUACAUGUGGCAAAAACAAAUGUAGACAUUAAUAAAUGCAUUUCUAUAGCUUCCAAAAUAUUUUUUACAAUGGUGGGGGAGUGCCAAGAUGGAGGCGUGGUGGCUUCAAAACAGAGUCCCGUCAGUCAUCUAUACUGAACUAAAAUAUAAACACAACAUGUAAAGUGUUGGUCCCAUGUUUCAUGAUCUGAAAUAAAAGAUAGCCGAAAUGUUGGAUACACACAAAAAGCUAAUUUCUCUCAUUUUGUGCACAAUCCCUGUUAGUGAGAAUUUCUCAUUUGCCACCUAACAGGUGUGGCAUAUCAAGAAGCUGAUUAAACAGCAUGAUCAUUACACAGGUGCACCUUGUGCUGGGGCCAAUAAAAAGCCACUCUAAAAUGUGCCGUUUUGUCACACAACACAAUGCCACAGAUGUCUCAAGUUUUGUGGGAGUGUUCAAGUGGCAUGCUGACUGCAGGAAUGUCCACCAGAGCUGUUGCCAGAGAACUGAAUGUUCAUUUCUCUACCAUAAGAGAAUUUGGCAGUAUGUCCAACCGGCCUCACAACCGCAGACCACGUGUAACCAAGCUAGCUCAGGACCUCCACAUACUGCUUAUUCACCUGCGGAAUCGUCUGAGACCAGCCACCCGGACAGCUGAUGAAACUGGGUUUGCACAACCGUAGGAUUUCUGCACAAACUGUCAGAAACCGUCUCAGGGAAGCUCAUCUGCGUGCUCGUCGUCCUCACCAGGUUCUUGACCUGACUGCAGUUUGGCGUCGUAACAGACUUCAGUGGGCAAAUGCUCACCUUCGAUGCCCACUGGCACGUUGGAGAAGUGUGCUUUUCAAGGAUGAAUCCUGAUUUCAACUGUACCGUGCAGAUGACAGACAGUGUGUAUGACGUCGUGUGGGCGAGCGGUUUGCUGAUGUCAACGUUGUGAACAGAGUGCCCAAUGGUGGUGGUGGGGUUAUGCUAUGGGCAGGCAUAAGCUACGGACAAUGAACACAAUUGCAUUUUAUCGAUGGCAAUUUGAAUGCACAGAUAUACAGUGAUGAGAUCCUGAGGCCCAUUGUCGUGCCAUUCAUCCUCCUCCAUCAAAUCAAAUCAAAUUGUAUUUGUCACAUUCGCUGAAUACAACAGGUGUGAAAUGCUUACUUACACCACAUCACCUCAUGUUUCAGCAUGAUAAUCCGUGUCGCAAGGAUCUGUACACAAUUCCUAGAAGCUGAAAAUGUCCCAGUUCUUCCAUGGCUUGCAUACUCACCAGACGUCACCCAUUGAGCAAGUUUGGGAUGCUCUGGAUCGACGUGUACGACAGUGUGUUCCAGUUCCCGCCAAUAUCCAGCAAGUUUGCAUAGCCAUUGAAGAGGAGUGGGACAACAUUCCACAGGCCACAAUCAACAACCUGAUCAACUCCAUGCAAAGGAGAUGUGGCAAAUGGUGGUCACACCAGAUACUGACUGGUUUUCUGAAUCACGCCCCUACCUUUUUUUUAAAGGUAUCUGUGACCAACAGAUACAUAUCUGUUUUCCUAGUCAUGUGAAAUCCAUAGAUUAGGGCCUAAUGAAUUUAUUUCAAUUGACUGAUUUCCUUAUAUGAAAUGUAACUCAGUAAAAUCUUUGAAAUUGUUGCAUGUUGCGUUUAUAUUUUUGUUCAGUGUAGUGUAUAUAUAAAUCAUUGGUCAGAUCCCGAGUUUCCCACUUGGGUGGUAACAGAAUUAACCAAUAGGAAGCUCUACUCAAAUAACUUUUAUUCAUUUUAACUCUGAGUUCCCGAGUUUCUGACAUGACAUGAACGUAGCAAUAAAGUGGGCUAUUCCUUGUCUUUGACCUAGUUGAAUAAAUAACAAAUGAUGUGGAGUGAGUACAGCAUUAUAAUUACUUGAUCAAAGUCAGACUUGCAAAGGUUACCAUCACCCAUACUAAUAAAGUACCAUAAUAACCUUUUAUGCAAUUUUGAAUGAGCCACAAAUAAACUAUCUUUGUGGAUGGCUCAAUCAUAGGCUCAUCUUGGGAUUUAAAUGGGCUAUUGUCUGUUAAGUGUUGUAACAACCUUGCACAAUGUUGUUUUGACAUCUUGGAAAUGUCAAUGAAUAGUCUAGGCAUAAAGCUUACGAAUCUGAUUUUAAAACCAAGGAAGAUAUUGUAAAAAGGUAGUGAAACUAAAGGAGUGAAACCCCAGGGCAAGAGGAACCAUGUGAAUGUGGGUUUGUAUGGAGCUGCUGUAGCCCCUCUCUUUCCUCCCACACUACACGCUGCAUUGGCCUCCUUGUGACGUCAGACUAUAUGAUUGGACCCUUUUCUCUAUUGAUUGCCCAACAAGAAACAAUCAUAGAAUUACCAUAAUUAUUGUCUGAUUUCUAAAUCUUUCCUCCCCCCAAGAAGGCGUCCAGCUACGUCCAAGAUGCUGAGUCUGCAUAUACUCACAACUGCUUGGUUGCAUUUCGAUUAAAUGUUUAAUUCCUCUCCUUUCCAGGCUGCCUGGGGUCAAAAGUAUUUGUUCCUAUCAAAUCAGACAUCAGUGGCAAUAUAACAGUAAGCAUGUUUUCCACACACUCUAAUUGUGCCUUGUGCGUAAGUAAACCUACUGCAAUUUAUGUCUAUAACUAAUGCCUAAGCUCAUACAUUUGGAUGGUAAUAUUUUUCUUCCAGAACAUCUGAGGUGUGUUUGACAAGGACCCUGCCAAGUAUGCAACACUACAGCAGAUAGUGGAGGCAGAGAAGGAGGCACAUGGCACAGAGUGGCCCAAAGAGGGAGCCACCUUGGCCCUAAUGUGGCUGAAGAGGUGAGCUCAGAAUCAUCAUGUGAAUGUGUUAAAGCAGAGGUUUGUGCAGCCUAAAGGCCGUGAAAUUGUGUGCUUAUGUCUAGAUCGAGAUCUACAUAUCAUGAAUAAUGGUGCGACUGAAAUCAGGUGAGUUAAGCUGAUUGUCCUCUCCCACAGAGGUCUCUGUUUCAUCCAGAUCCUGCUGAAGAGCUUGGCAGACGGAGUGAAAGACGAGAACAACCCUGACCUCAUCCGUGUCAACAUCACCAAAGCCUACGACCAGGCCCUGAAGAAAUACCACAGCUGGCUAGUGCAGAAGAUCUUUAAGGUAAGACCAUGUGACUAAAGUCAUGUGGUAGCAUAGUCUUGACCUCCUUUGACCCUUGACCUGGUUUUCUACUUAACCCUGGUUCUCAAGCACCUCUGAGUGUAUUGAUUUCAUAUUGAACUUCAUUCUCCCAAAGUAAAACAUUUAUAAAUGUAAUAACUGAAAACUACAUUGUUGAAUUUGAAUGUAGAUUAACUGCUCAGUGAAGGUGUACUAACUAUGUAACAGACCUGGGUUCAAAUACUAUUUAGGGUAUUACUUUCAAAGACAUUUGGAAGUAGGUAUUUAGAAAAGUUUUAUUUGAAAAGACAAGUAGUUGAAUAUGGGAAUAUAUUUGGAAAUAGACUUGGAAAGUAUUUGAAAAUACUCAAAUACACUGACUCAAAUAAAAUAUACAAUCUUCCGAAAACAUCUGAAACCCUUCAAAGAGUGUAUCUUAAAUAAUACAUCGGUCAUAACCAUGUCAUAAUAUCAUAACUGACAUAAAUUGUCAUAACCUGUCAUAAUAUGGUCAUAACACUGUCAUUACCCAUAUAUUUACACCUGUUGUGACUUAUAUUGCAUUAUUUUAUGGCUGGUUAUGACACCUACAUAAGAGUGUCAAAACCCACAUUGAAAGUGGCUAAUAUUGCGUUGAUUCGAGCACAAUUCCCACAGUAGAGCGAAACAUUGAUAGUGUGAACUAAAGGGGAAAAAACUAGAAAGUUAAGUGAAGUUCAAUCUCGUGCUUCUCUGCGCGGGCUGAUAUUUCUUCUAAGCCUGCAGCUUAUGACACUGGGUGUCAAGUUAAGUGUUACCGAAAUUAUUUGAUAAUACUUUCAAAUACUUCCAAUAUAAGUAGUUAAUUCAUGCCAUAUUAUUUGAAAAUACUCAAAUAAACUAAAAAUACGUAUUUAAAUAACAUGUACUCAAAUACACACGUACAUGUAUUUGAACAUAGGUCUGCCAUGUAACAACUGGAUUUCUCCCUGUCCCCUCCAAGCAGCUUUGCUUGCAGCACCCUACAAGUCAGACUUUAUCAAGGCCCUCUCAAAAGGUAAAGAGGUCACAGAGGAGGACUGCAUGGCUAGUGUACGCCAGUUCCUUGUCAAUUUCAAGGCCACUGUGGAUGCCAUCUAUGAGAUGUACACAACACUGAAUGCAGAGCUGGACUAUAGCGUUUGA